GCUCCGGGUUUGAAAAUGCGGGAGUCGCUGGUGCUGCUGCUGCUGUACCGGGGGAGGCAGCGGGCGGGGGCCGGGGAGAUGGCCGGCCGCGGGGACGCGGCGCAGCGGGCAGCCUGGCUGCGGCAGUACUACACGCAGAGACAGAAGAGGCUGAUGACGAAGAGAAAUUCCAAGUGUCGCCCAGCUGUAGCGAUGCCGUUCUGCCCCCCUGGAGCUCUCAGUGGGCUGCAGUGUUGUGUUUCGCCCCCUGGCCUCGCCUGCUCCGUGCUGCUGCUGAUUGCCCGCCGGAGGAGAUCCAGCUGUUACUUCCACCCACGCUCAUGGCCCAGCUUCCGGAACGCUGACUGGUGGGAACGGGUGGUCCUGAAAGACUUCCAGCCUCGGGACUGGCUGGAGAAAUUCCGAAUGUCCAAGGAGACCUUCUUCUAUGUCUGCAACCAGCUGCGACCCAAGCUGUCCCACCCGAGUACCCAGCCCCACCCGGUGCUGCCUCUGGAGCAGCGGGUAGCUGUGGCUGUUUGGCACCUGGCCACCAAUGUAGAGUACCAGACAAUCAGCCCCCUCUUUGGGGUGGGUCCGUCCACAGUGCAGAACUGUGUCAAGGAGGUCAGCUACGCCAUUGUGCUGCUGCUGAAGCCGCUCUACCUCCGGCUGCCCAGCGAGCAGGAGCUGGAGAACAUGGUGCGGAUCUUCAGUGCCCGCUGGGGAUUCCCACACUGCAUCGGUGCCUUGGACAGCCUCCAUGUCCCCAUCCACGCCCCUGCCCACCUCGGUGCCGACUACUGCAACAGCCAGCGCUGGCAUUCUGUCCUCACGCAGGCCACGGUGGAUGGGCUGGGUCAGUUCUGGGACAUCUGCGCCGGCUUCCCUGGCAGCAUGGAGAACAGCACCGUCCUGGAAAACUCCAGCUUGUGGGUGUUAGCCAGGGAGGGCCGCCUCUUCCCAACCCCCCUGAAACAUUUCAUGGGGAGGGCACAAAGGUACGUCCUGUUGGGAGAUGCCUCUUACCCGCUGCGGGACUGGCUCCUCAAGCCAUACCCAGAAGACGGCACCCUCACCCCACAGCAGCUCCAGUUCAACUAUCGCCUGAAGCGAGCCCACAGCGUGAUCGAGAAUGCCUUCCUGCGCCUCAAGGCCCGGUGGCAGUUCCUCCUGAAGUGCGACGACUGCAGCCUGGACCUGCUGCCCACGGUCAUACUCGCCUGUUGCACCCUGCACAACGUGUGCGAGGCCCACGACAGCCCCUUCAAUGACGAGUGGCUGGAGGUGCUGGAGCCCGCCGAGUUCUCAAAGCCCUGCCAGCCUGCGCCCGUGUCCAUGGACGACAGCGGCGCCGAGGAAGUGCGAGAGCUGCUGUGCGAAUACUUUGAAAGCUACGGAGAAGGCUGAUUGCUACAAAGCAAUGCCGCAUGCGCUCCAGCUCUCAAACUUUCAGUAACUCCAGUACAUCUGACGUUGCCCCAGCAGUCAAAGGCUACUGAAUGGGGACUGUCACUGCCACAUGCUGCAGAGCCUUUUCCGUGGAAUAAAGGUGGCUGGGGGAUUGGUAAGGAGCCAGCCCUUCCCGGCUCAGCCACCCGUUCCAGUCCAGAGGAGGCCGGCCGCGUUGUGCUAAACCAUUCUUCGCCUUGGGGUUUAGACGAUCUUGUCGUGGUCCGUGAGCUGUAAAUAAAACAGGGGGUCUAGG